AUGGGUGCUAUUGAUAUCCCCGAGCUGCAGUAUACGCCCCUCAACGACAUCCAGGGGCGUGUUGCUGAGCUCCGCCAGACCUUCUCGGAGCACAAGACCCGCGAUGUAGAGUUCCGUCUGGUCCAGCUCCGCAAGCUCUACUGGGCCAUCAAAGACCGCGAAGACAGAAUCGCCGAAGCUUGUCGGUUGGACCUGAACAAACCCCCCUUCGAGACCAUCAUUGCGGAGAGCGGCUGGCUGGAGAACGACUGCGUAUUCGUGUCGCGGAAUCUGCACAAAUGGGCCAAAGAUGAGAAGGCUGAGGAUAUCGAUCUUACCUUCAAGUUUAUGAACCCCAAGAUUAGAAAGGAUCCAUUGGGUAUGGUAUUAGUUAUUGGAGCUUUCAACUACCCCUUCCAAUUGACCCUGGGACCCGUGAUUGGUGCCAUCGCUGGUGGAAACACCGUGGCCAUCAAGCCCAGUGAGAACGCCCCCAACUCCGCCGUUAUCAUCCAGGAAAUCGUCGAGGAGGCUCUCGACCCCUCCUGCUACAAGAUCAUCCAGGGUAGUAUCCCUGAGACCCAGGCCUUGCUGGCUGAGCGCUGGGACAAGAUCUUCUUCACCGGUGGUGCCAACGUUGGUCGUAUCAUCGCUAAGGCUGCCGCACCGCAUCUCACCCCCGUCGUCUUGGAACUGGGAGGAAUCAACCCCGCGAUUAUCACCAAGAGUGCGGACCCGAGACUCGUCGCCCGUCGGCUGCUAUGGGGUAAGACCAUGAACGCUGGCCAGCUUUGCACCUCGCAGAACUACCUUCUCGUCGACCGCGCCAUUGUCCCCCGUGUUGUGGAGGAGUUUAAGAAAGCAUACAAUGAAUUCUACCCGCAGGGAGCUAAGGCGUCUCCUGACUACUCGCGUAUGAUUAACGCGGGUCACUUCCAGAAGCUCAAGUCUAUGAUUGACAACUCCAAGGGCAAGAUCUUGGUUGGUGGUACUAUGGACGAGAAGGAGCUCUUCAUAGAGCCUACCAUCGUCGAGGUCAACUCUACUGAUGACUCGCUGUUGAUCCAAGAGAGCUUUGGUCCUUUGAUUCCUAUUCUGCCUGUGGACGACCUUGACGAGGCUGUCAAGAUCGCCAACGGCAUCCAGGCCACUCCUUUGGGUCUCUACCCAUUUGGUUCCAAGCAGGAUACCGAUAAGAUCCUUUCGAUGACCCGUUCCGGCGGUGCCUCCGUCAACGACGCCGCUUUGCACAUUCCCACCCUUCCCUUCGGUGGUGUCGGUGAGAGUGGCUACGGAGCCUACCGUGGCAGAGCCAGUUUCGAUACCUUCGUUCACCGCCGUCCCAUCACUACCAGCCCCAGCUGGCUCGAAUCCAUCCUCGCCAUCCGUUAUCCUCCGUACGCCGGCAAGGCGGGCCCCUUCCGGGCUGCCAGCACGCUGGUCCCCGACUUUGACCGUGACGGAAAGAAGCUUACUAUGGGCUGGUUGCGAAUGAUCUUCACUCUUGGUGGUGGAAGUGCCACGGCUGGUGCUGGGAGAGCCGCUGCAGUUGCUGCAGUGGCCUACGUUGUCAUGCGGCUUCUCGAACGUCGGGCGAAGCUCUGA